AUGGGGGUUCCAGUAGCGCUGUUAGGGAUGCUGAGCUUCCUGGGAGUGGCUGUGGGGGGCUCCUCUGACCUUCUCUGGGACAGCACCUCUUGCCACCUGGCCAGGCCCAUCCCUGGCAACUCCUUGGGGACUCUGAGCUUUCUGGGCAAGGAUGCCCAGGGACUGGCCCUGUUCCACACUCACUGGGACAGGCAGGGGAGGCUGCAAGCGUGUAGCCGGCAAGAUGAGCCAGAGCUCACCGCAGCCUUCAGUGCCCUCUGUGCUGGGGAGAUCACCCGGGGCUCCUUCAUCCACACCCCUGGACCCAAGCUGCAGAGAACCCUGGCCACGCUUCAGAGUCAGUGGGGGGCCUGCCGAGGGCCUGAAGAGCAUCCAGCAGGGGCUAGGGAGAAGCGAGCAGCAGGGGCCAGGGACGAGAAAGCAGAACUGAGUGGAGCACCUGGCAGCAUAGGACACCAGCGGGUGAAGAGAGGCUGGACCAUUCCUGGCACGCUGUGGUGUGGAGUAGGGGAUUCUGCUGGGAACUCCUCGGAGCUGGGGGUCUUCCAAGGUCCUGAUCUCUGCUGCCGGGAACACGACCGCUGCCCACAGCACAUCUCGCCCCUCCAGUACAACUAUGGUAUCCGAAACUACCGAUUCCACACCAUCUCCCACUGUGACUGUGAUACGAGGUUCCGGCAAUGCCUGCAGAACCAGCAGGACUCCAUCUCAGACAUCAUGGGAGUGGCCUUCUUCAACGUGCUGGAGAUCCCCUGCUUCGUGCUGGAGGAGCAGGAGGCGUGUGUGGCGUGGUACUGGUGGGGAGGGUGUAGAACGUAUGGCUCCGUACCCCUUGCCCGCCUCCAGCCCAGGACCUUCUACAAUGCCUCCUGGAGCUCCCUGGCCACCCCCCCAAGUCCCAGCCUCCAGAGCCCAGCCCCCAGCAAGCCUCGACAGAAGCAGCGUCCUCUGAAGCGGCCACCACAACGGAAAGGGUCUAAGCGUCCCAACAAAACCAACACUACAGCUCUCCAGGUCCCCGUGGCCUCCAUCAAACCUGAUAUAUCCCCCACAGCCUGGCUGGAGGUCACCCAUCCAGGCCUCCAGGGGUCACAGAAUGGCCUCAAACCUCAGGAUGCCCGCCGGGCCUGCCGCAGCUUCCACCGCCUGGAUCAGUGUGAACAGCAGAUCGGGCCUCAGGAAACCAAAUUCCAGCUACUCAAUAGCGCCCAUGAGCCCAUCUUCCACUGCAACUGCACGCGUCGUCUGGCACGUUUCCUGAGGCUCCACAGCCCGCCUGCGGGCACCAACAUGCUUUGGGAGCUGCUAGGCAUGACCUGCUUCGAGCUGGCCUCUCCACUGGACUGUGCUGAGGGCAAGGGCUGUUCCAGAGACCCUAAAGCCAUCAAGGUGUCAGCCCGACACUUGCGGCGACUUCAAAAGAGGCGGCUCCAGGUCUGGGGUGUGGGCACAGGUGAAGGGCAGGUGCGGCCUUCAGAUCACACAAGAGCCCCCAUAUCGUUCUAUGACCGCUGCCUGCAGCUGACCCAGGCAGCCUGAAGACCCAACUGGCAGCAGAAAUCCUAGAACCACUGAUCUCAGUUCCAGACUGGACCCUGCCCCCAGCUCUGCUUAGCCCUAGGGGGUCUUGGCUUCCUCUCCAUAUGUUAGACUGAAGCAUGGCUUGGGCCCCUGUGGACAGCCAGGGGGCUGGAUGAGGAGUGAAGGGGAGGCAAGGCUGAAAUGCUGGACCAUGUCUCCUGCUGUGCUGAGUGCUCUUGAGUUGGUGACACGACCCCUCUGUGCUUGGAUGUGAGGUUCAGGAGGCUCAUUCUGAUGUCUUGGGCCUAGGCCUUGCCAGAUGGGAAUGGGGAAGGGGUAAUUUAUUACAGCAGCCUCAGGAGGUACCAAGAUGAGGUACAUUUAUCUCCAGGUUGCAAAAUUAAUACAAAAAUCUGUCCUGGGGAGCCCCAGCACCAACUUGCUAAUGCCUGAGGCAGCAGGUAGGGAAUGAGCUGUCACAGAAGUGCCUGUGUCUAUAUCCAGGAAAGGGGAGGGUGGCCAGAGGGGGCUUCCCAACUCUCCUUCUUGGGGGAUCCCUUCUCUUAACAGCUAUUGUGCUCUUCUUGGCACAGCCUUGGCCCAUUUUUUCCUACUCUAAACCUAAAUUCAAAUCUCCUCUGUGUCCUUGAGUGAGGGACCUUCCCCACUCUGAGCCUUAGUCUCCUCCUCUGAAAAAGGGCCGUGUAAUCAGAACCUACCUCAUAGGAUUGUUGAGGAUUAAGUAAAAUAAUAUAUGGAGAGUGCUUAGCACCCUCCCUCUAAUGUAUUGAUAGCCAAACUGUGGAUAGGUGUGUGAUUCUGAUAGACUCACCUCCUGGAGGCCUCACUUUGCCCACCUGCAAAAUAGGUCUAAGAAUUGCACUGAACUCAGCACCACAACUCAGGGUUGUGAUGCAGAUUAAAAGAGAUGGCAUGUGUAAUGCAUACAGCUGGUGCCUGGUAAUUGUCAGAUCUAUCAUCCUCUUGCCUCUUUAGUCCCUUCUUCUGACAACCCCAACCCCCAGGCUGCUAACAAGUUAGGAAGGAGUCAGGAGUGAUGUUGGAGAAUUUAAUUUCUAAUUGAUGACCUCCAGGAUUGCCCCCCACCCCAUCCCAGAUGGGGGCCAACAGGGCUUUGCUGAUUGUCACAGUUGAGGUGCCAGGACUCAGUUUGGGGGACCCCAGUUGGCCACCCCUGGCCAGGAGAGAGUGGCAGGUGUGGAGAAAGCUGGAGCAGCAGCAAGAAGGACAUAGGUGGGUUUGCAGAAGAUUGGGGCACAGUGGGGGCCACCUGGGCCCAUCUGCCCACCUACCCUCAUGGCCCCAGACCCCCUUCCUCCAGCCCCUGUCGGCCCUGAGGACUAGUAGACAGGCUACUAGGGGCUGGGGCCUCCCGAUUAGGUCCCCAGGAGCCACCACCACCAGGGUCGACGGUUUCCAGUCGCAAGGCAGGCAGCAAGCCCAGGCUUCGAGGCACAGAUGGUGGGAAGGCCCAGGGACCAGGCAGCCCAGAGGGCCCCUCCUCACUACUGCCCCGGCUGCCACCAUCAUUGCCCUUGUCAGGAGCCACCCGGGGCAGGCGGCGGCUCUGGGGUGAGGGGCUGCGGCUGGCACCACGGCGUUCACGGGAUGAAGGCCGCAGGGCAAGGCCAGGGAAGCGGGCCAGGCCUGGGCUGCGGCUACGGUGUCUCUUGGACUUGCCAGGGCUGGGGCUGCGGGACUUGGGUGCAAGCAGCUCCAGGGUACUGUCAUCUUCAUCCUCUGAGCUGGCACUUGAGCUAUCUGUGCUGCUGCUGGCCAACUCCGAGGUAGGCAGCGAGAUCUGGGGGGAAGGCUGGUUACUGGGGUGCCCCACUCCCCGACUAGCCACUGAAGGCAUCUUUGAACCACUCCAACCCUGCCCACUGACAGACCCAAGAAGGUCAGGUUACUUGUAGGAGAUUAUGGAGCAGAAUGUAGAGGCUGUGACAUUUGAAAAGGGUCUUUUAGCACCCCCGACCCCGCGAUCUGACUACUCACCUGGAAGGGCUCAGUGACACCGAUGAGGAUGCUGUGUGUGUGGCUGUAAUAGCCCAGUAUGAAAUCUCCAUGGCCCUUGGGCAAUGACUCCUCACUGAAGGUCACCUGAUGGGCCCAGGGCAUAGGCUCAGGUUAGGGUCAAGGAGGCAGCUUCAAGGACUGUCCAAGCCACGUCCCGAGACCCAAAGGCAACGGGGGACUCCUCCCACUCUCUGCUUCCCCUUCAGUACCUGGUAGAUGUUCCCAUCCACAUCCUCGUGUUUGGCCCAGACAUAAGCCACGUAGUCCUUGCAGUGGCGGAAACCUACCUGGGGUGAGAGGAUUCAGGGUUGUGUCUCCUAUCAUGUGACUGCAUCCCCCCCCCACCCCCCCCCGCCAGUGUAGGAGCAAACUCCAGAGAAGCCAGUGAUCCCCCUGAGCGCCCGGCUGCUCCUCCAGGUCCUCCCUUCCCAGAGUCCCUGACCAUCCCUGCCCUUCUCACCCGGUACAAGCCAAUCCAGUCCCAGGAGCUGCGGGCGAACACAGUCUCGAUGCGGUACCUCACCACGGCCUGCUCGGGCCGCACCCACUCAUCAGCCACCUCCAGCCGCACUAGUGGCACGUCGUCCCUGUAAGCAAACUGCCCAGGGGCAGGGGCAACAUCGGGGGACACCCUCUAAGUAUCCUAUACACCUAGGGCCCUUGGGCCUGAGUCAGCAAAGGGCCUUUGAAACCACCUUGCAGAUUGAGAAACCAAGGCAGAACAGGUCUAGGGUAAAUGCCAGGCUUCCCACAUCCCACCUCAGGGCUCCUUACGCCCAGAGCCUCCUUGGGCAGUGAGAACACAGCCUGGAGGUGAAUAGUGUAGCCCUGGUUCUGUCAUUCCUCUGCUGCUGUCCCUCAGGGAAGGACCCAGAUGGUGUGUCAGGCUCAAGCUUUUGUCUGCUCCUCUGUUCAUUGGGUUUCAGGUUUCCCUCCCUCCUCAGGUUUUGAGCCAGGCUGUUCCAGAAGAAACCGGCACAUCCUCUUCCUGUCCUGAGGCUCCUAACAGCAGGUGUGCCCGGUGGCCUCUUGGAAAUGAUCUCCAGAGCCUUGUCAGGUCAAGGUCACUAAGUCUCGUUUUGAUUGUGUUGCUUUCAUGAAGAGACUCAAGUUUUCUGAGACUCAGUUUCCCCUCAGUAAAACAAGGAGGAGAAUUUGGUAUCUCAGGGCCAAAAAGGCAUUCAAAGGGGUGACAGCCAAAGGGCCUGGCAUGUAGUAGGUGCUCGACAGUUUAACGUUCUGCAAGGGUCAGAGUCCUUGAUAAGGAGGGAAGGUCAGGGUAGGUUACCCAAAAGGAGUGGUUCUCAAGGUGAGGCCCCUGACUGAGGGUUAAAUCUCACACCCAAGUCUUUUACCAAAGGUCAUGGAAGGCCAGACUUGGGCAGAUUUCCAUUCCCAACUGAGGAUAUUGGCCAAUGUCCCACUGACUGACCACAUGACAAAGUUACCAGCGAAAACAUUCUCUGGGCUGCAGGGCUCUCUCUUAUCAGAUCAAGGGAAUCAGAGAGCCCAGAGUUGGGUUUCAGGACUAGAAAGAUGGGAUCUACCUUCCCUCACUGCUGAGCAUAUGUGUGGCUUGGGGAACAUGCCUACCCUACUGGGGGCCUCAGUUUUCCCUGAGAAAAACAGAGUGUUGGGCUACAUAGUCUCUCAGGUCUGGUUCUGACAUUCUAGCAUUUCUGUUUUUUACUUUGCCAACCAGAGACCUCAACCUUAAACGCAAUGCUAAAUUACAGUAAUCCCUUACAAUUUAGCUUUGUAUUUUUCAUAUCUCUACUCCUCCUCCCCAUGACUACCUCAUUCAUGGUGCCUGGCACACAGCAAAUGGUAAAUAAAUAAUAAAUAAAUAUGGGGUUUGAAU